AUGGCACCCUCCAUUGCUGAGAUAUCCGAGAAACAGGAAGUUUCGUCCAUUACUGUACCUGUGAAGGCUACGACUGGAUCCGAAGAGACUGCGCCUAAAGUCAGGAGAAUAAUUGAAGAAGAAGGAGAAGGAAAGACUCCUGCUAGCUAUCCUAACUACCUUCCGACCUGGGACCACGGGGAAAAGUAUCCGCCGCUAGAACCUUUUGUCCACGUAGAACAUGGUCUCGAUGCAGAUCCGGCGUUCAAGGACCUGCUACCUGAAGGCUCUACUAUCCAGAAGCUUACUCCUACCAUUGGAUCUGAAGUUCAUGGCGUCCAAUUAAGCAAGCUGUCAGCUGCAGGCAAAGACCAGCUAGCACUUCUUGUGGCGCAACGGAAGGUUGUCGCUUUCCGGGACCAAGACCUCGCAGAUAUUCCUAUUGAAGAUGCUCUGGAAUUUGGUGGCUAUUUUGGGCGCCAUCACAUUCAUCCCACUAGCGGUGCCCCUGAAGGACAUCCCGAGCUUCACAUCGUGUAUAGAAAUGGAUCAGACGGCGAGGUGGAGGCUUACUUUGCCGGCCGCAACAGUAGUGUGCAGUGGCACUCUGACGUCUCAUAUGAGCAACAGCCACCUGGGACAACUUUCCUCUAUAUCCUUGACUCCCCAGAAGUCGGCGGUGACACUGCAUUUGUGAACCAGGUUGAGGCGUAUAACCGCCUCUCUCCAGCUCUUCAAGAGAGACUGCACGGAUUGACAGCUUUGCAUUCUGGUUUUGAACAAGCAGAAUUCAGCAAAAGUCGCGGAGGUGUUGUAAGGCGCGAGCCAGUUUCAAACGAGCACCCUCUUGUCCGUACGCACCCAGCAACCGGCGAGAAGGCUUUGUACGUCAAUGGCGGCUUCACUCGAAGUAUUGUUGGACUCAAGAAGGAAGAAAGUGAAGCCUUGUUGGCAUUUCUGUUGAAUCAUAUCAGCCGCGGAAUUGAUUAUCAGGCUCGCGUCCGAUGGGCACCUAAGACGGUUGUUGUAUGGGAUAAUCGAGUAACUGCACACUCGGCUAUUUUUGACUGGACUACAGGCGAACGUCGCCAUUUGGCACGGAUUACACCUCAGGCAGAGCGGCCGUAUGAAACACCCUAUAAAGCAUGA